UUGUUAGUUUUUUCUUCUUCAGACAACUUGCUCAAUUUUGUAACUAAUGUCAUAUUUUUGUAUGUCUGCAAAAAAAAAAAAAAAAUGUUUGUUUCAAGACUUGGUAUUGGUAACUCUUGUUCAUCCAGAUCUCUCUCUCUCUCUCUCUCUCUCUCUCUCUUUCUCUCUCUCUCUGCGUGUGUCUGGUGGGCUGUGAUUGCACAAUAUAAAUUUACAGAAAUCACAGACCUGCUUGUUCAUCAGGUUCCAGGCUAUUUGAAUGACAAAAACCAUCAUCAGCUUAUAAAGUAUAAAAGCCGGUGGUCAGACAGAUAGUAGCUGGACAGAAUCCCACGGAGACUAACAAACAUGGGCAAGAUCAUCUUCUACGAGGACAGGAACUUUCAGGGUCGCUCCUAUGAGUGCAGCAGCGACUGCUCCGACAUGUCUACCUACCUCAGUCGCUGCAACUCCUGCAGGGUGGAGAGCGGCUGCUUUGUGGUCUAUGACCGUCCCAACUUCAUGGGCAACCAGUUCUUCAUGAGAAGGGGCGAGUAUGCCGAUUACAUGCGAAUGGGAAUGAGCGACGGCAUCAGGUCCUGUCGCAUGGUUCCUCAGUAUAGAGGCCCCUACAGAAUGAGGAUCUAUGAGAGGGAGAACUUUGGAGGCCAGAUGUAUGAGCUGACUGAUGACUGCGACUCCUUCGUGGAUCGCUACCGUAUGUCCGACUGCCAGUCCUGUCAUGUGAUGGAGGGUCACUGGCUCAUGUACGAGCAGCCUCACUACAGAGGCAGGAUGAUAUACUUCAGGCCUGGAGAGUACAGGAGCUUCAGGGAUUUGGGAUACAGCAACACCAGAUUCAGUGCUGUUAGAAGAAUUAUGGACUUGUGUUAA